AUGCCUCCGCUGCAAGCCGGGGAUGCAUUUCAUCCCGCGACAAAGACGACGGCUGACUUCAUGUGCCGAUAUAUGCGAAAAAUGGAGCUGAGCAUCAGCAAGGCUCUAGAUUCCAUGACUUUCAAGUCCUUCGGCAUUGUCUGCGACGCCAGCCCGAAAGCCAAAAUGGUCUGGUUGCCACUCUUUUUCUGGCCUGACACGAUUGGGCUGGGGACACUACAGAGGCUUAGUGCCUUGCUUCCGUCCACCGCCACCUCGGACUCCAAGCUGGAAGCUUGCGGUUUGAUUGCCGACAGCCGCACGCGCAAUGUGCUGGGCGAGACAAAGAAAAGCGAGCUUGCCAAAAAACUGUGGCUUGGUUUGCAAUGGCCCAAAGCACUCAACAGCAUCAAGCAAGACAAGUUGGCCAGCCGUCAAGAGCUGAAAGCACUGAUGUGUGUGAUGAGCCAAGUAGGAGUGGAUAUCGACCAGUGCUGGCCGCAAGAUCCCUUGAUUCCACGAGUCCCCGGCAGAGAGGAGAGAAAGACACAUGAAGUUGGUUCCGAGAACUUCGCCUUUAUCUACGACAGAGAAACCGGCAAGAGCCGGUGGGAUGUUCCGAUGCCCACUGCCGGCCAUCUGCGGCUGGUGGUGUGUGCUGACCACGGCUCUCCUAUGCACACGUGCUUCCAGUUCUUAGCACAAGCCGGGGCAAGCAUCCACCUCAUCCGCGAUGAGGAUGACAAUGCUAUGCGGCUGGCUCUUCAGAGCCCGCAAGACCCCGUGGCAUACGCAGGGCUUCGGCAACCUUUUGAGCGAGGCUGGGGCCAGGCCAAGCCCGACGACCUCCUCAUGCAGAUGUUUCAGCGAGAUAUAUUGAAGGAGAACAAUUUCGAGGAGACCUCCGACGAGAAGCUGAACUUCGAGAGGGUCAUGGAGAUCCUGGGCCAGGUGUUGACAAGCGAGGAAAUGUUCGGCCUCUUCCGUGUGGCCCGCAAUGUUCUCGCGCCCUUCCGGGAGCAUUGCUUGGAGCUUGUCGCCUUGUGCAGCAGCGGUCUGGGCAUGAUCCCGGACAUUGCCACCGGUCCGACACAGGUGCUGACGGUAAAGUUUCAGCGGGCUGGGAACGUGCUCCGGGAGGGCUUCGGUAUGUACCUUGCUGCAGUCCACGAGAUGGAGCAGUACGCUCUAUACCUGAGGAGUGCUCCGAGCAAAGCGGCCGGUCUCCUGUCGUCCUUGGAAGACGCAGAGACGAAGAACAAAGUCAUCGAUGAGAUGAGGCAGGAGUGGGAGUUGGUGCAGGCCUUGGAGUCUGUGCCAUCCGGCGCCGCUGUCUUGAAGGCCAACUGUAACUACUGCUCUUUCCAGAGCUACCGCGAGCUGAUGACCGGGCUUGAGAAGAGCAAGUGGGUUUUCACCGACGAAUGCCGUGCCCUCGUUGCCGCCUGGUUCCCGGCCUACUGUUGGUCGGCUGGCAUUGAGUCGGUGUUUGCUGACAUGCAAGACGCAUGCAAACGCUCGAACCGCUCGGACUGCGGCAGCCUGCCGAACCUGCACGCCGUUGGUGUGCGGUGUCUGCAAAACAGACUCUGUGUGCCGGGUGAGGCGCCCGACCACUUGCAGUUGGAGCCGGACGACUGGCUCGGCAGAAACGUGCCCAUGGACAACAUCCUGAAGCCGUUCCCCUCGACAUCAGCCUUUUUCCACAACCAGCACUGCCUCAACUUCAUGCAAGGAAAGGAGCCGAAGGUCGAAGCAACCGGCUUCUGGAUGGGCAACUGUGUUUCGAAUGGGAUGCUUUUCAAGCACAACAACAAGUUCUACGCACUUCAGUUGAUGGAGCUUCCUUAUCGUUUCGAAGGGCCUCUGCCCGAGCGGAAGGAGGUUUGCUUCUUCAGCUACACUUUGCAUGUGUGCGACACAGCCCUGGAAGCAAAGUGUGGAACGGCUGUGCUGCUGCGGCGAGGGCAUCGGGAGUUCAGCUUGCUGAGCUACCUGGUGCAUGCUGAGCACAUUAUGUCCUGCACCAAUGCCUGCUUGACGGAGCUGCUGCAGAAGCACGACAUCACGAUGCCGAAGAAUGCUGCGAAAGCACACAGAAUCAAGCGAGUCCUGGAGAUGGACCAUGUCAAAGAAGCUUGUGGAGAGAAGACAAUCCAGAAGCUGUUGCUUCUCUUGCAAGAGCAGGAAGCCAAGAAGAAGGGCAAGACCGAAGAUGAUCAGAAUCAGGAGGCCGAGAUUGAUUGGGAUGAAUUGAAAGAGGAUCCGGCCGCUGAAGCUUGCAGGGAGCUUCUUGCCAGAUUGGACGAAGAGCAGGAGAAAGAAGAGCAAGAAGCAAAAGAGGAAGCAAAAGAGGACACGGAGAGCAAGGAAGCAAAGCAGCUGGCGCGGAUGACUGACUCGCAGGUCCGCGAGUCUAGGGCGAUGCUGUCAAGCACGGCUUCAUUGCCGGACGAGCUGCUGCGACGAUUUCCGGUUCCUGAGGGAAGUGCAAUGCACCAAACGGUGCAUUGCGACAGCACUCUUCCUCACUUUCAGGGCCGCCUUUUGGGCGGAGCCUUCUACGAGGGCAAGCAGCCGGGCCGCACAUUCGCAGAUUAUUUUGAAGCCCACAAGCUUUCAAGCAAUAAUUUCGAUGCUUAUCCCGUUUCCGUUACAGACGGGACGGUCAUUCAGGUCUACUCAAGCAGCCUCUUACAAUCCGUCGCUACCACUGGAUGCAUUGGAUCAGCGGAAGACUUCGCUGAAAUCGAUUGCAGCUGGGAAGCGCUCUCAGGCUCAAGCCUAUUUCAUCGUGUGGUCGUGGCUUAA